AUGACCUCAAGGAACGCAGUGACGAAUUCCAAGCAUGUGCCCAACAAGAACGUCCUUGUCCUUAAACCGAAAGAUUUGCCAGUGCCCAGCCAGUCCCGUAAAACAGCAAAAGAGAUGACGGAUUUUUGCAAAGUUUUAUCGACUACGAUCCCUGCUGGAGCCGAAGGCACCAAUGUAACAAAUGUCCGCUCAGGCUUUGGUUAUUUUAACUGCUUUAAUUAUCUUGGGAUCAAUAGUCAAUUAGUCCAUCUAAUUUCUGAUUAUCUGAAGGGCAGGAAGCAGUGUGUAAUUGUGAAUGGGUGUGUAUCGGAAGUUGAGGAGGUCACCAGUGGUGUACCGCAGGGUUCAACGGUAGGGCCUUGUUUCUUUAUCUGUGUACUUAAUUUUUUACCUUCAGCGCUAAUUUACAAUAGCGAAUUACUUUUGUUUGCCGAUGACAUAGCCCUUUACAGACCGAUAAUGUCGACAGAUGAUGAAAUCGCUUUACAGUCGGAUCUUACCGCAGUAGAGAAUUGGGCACGUCGUAACAAACUCGUGUUCAACGCAGCAAAAUCGUUCCACGUUUCUUUUUCUAAAAAACGAGCUGCAAAUUGUAAUUCUCAGUACUAUCUCAAUGGCGAUGCGAUAGUUAAAACUGAAUGUGUGAAAUACUUAGGCGUAAUUCUUGAUCGCAAUUUAAAGUUCAAAGAUAAUACCGGUAAUCUGGUGACUAAAUUUCGUAAAAAAACUCGCUGGAUUAAUGUCGCGUUCAGAAAAGCUGAUUCCGCUGCUCGUAUUCAGUUGUAUAAGUCGUUGGUCUUCACAUCGUUUGAUUACUGUUGCCCUUUUAUUGCUCCCACUAACAAAACUUGCCGAGACAAAUUAGAGCGCUGCUUAGAACGUUUUGUGUACUCUCUCUGUCUUGGUAGUGAAAGCUUUAACGAACGAUUAUUGGAGCUUAAGUGGGAUUGUUUUGAACUGCGCAGAUUGAAACGCAGCUUGGUUUUGGUCUACAAGCUUGUUUUUAACCAUAUUCCUCUGGGAGAACGGUUUUUCUUACCCUUUGAACAAACUGCUGCCGCCUUGUCUUGUAUUUCAGGUCAUACAAGAUCGGCGAAUAGGCUGUCUGCGCAUCCCUUCCCUAUAACGGCGGCACCUACAACGUUGUGCGGGAUUACGUUGCCUCCUUCCUCGGACUUACUCUCCAGUCGCCUGGUCCAGUUAUGGAAUGAAAUGACUCUGGAUAAGAAAGACUACGCCUCACUCAACGUGUUUAAGAAUGCGCUGGAUAACGUUUGUUGGAGCGAACUGAACUGUGUUAAACGUUUUCGUAGCAUGAACAAAUAAUAAUACGGGAUUUUUUAGGUUUUUUUUUUAGGUUGCUAGACUCUUUCUGAAUUCCUCCUAGCCGAUCGGCCGGUCACUGCCUUGGUACGUGGACCUUCAACAACGUCGGAGGAUAUUUCUUAGUUGGAUGCUUUUGUCAGAUUGUUCGAUCAGCAUUUUGUUAAAAUUACCGCAACACAGAUAUUGGCUAGUAAAUCAGUAGUGCGAUUACGCACGUAAGUGUCCAUGCUUUCCAUUUUUCCCGCAAGAUUAUUAAAAAUUUUCGAAAAUUGUUAAAACUUAUACUAAUAAUAACAGUAAGUGGGUUUUGGUUUUACGCAUGGACACCAGUGCGAUCGCUUCCCUCCCUUUUUAUGCAUUUCAUUAAGCCAAUAUCUUAUAAUUAUAGCACAUUGUCGACAUGACUUUUGACUUUCGUAGUUUUCUGCUCACUUUGUGUACUUUCCUUUUCACAAUUUCUGUUGCUUGCCUAGCCGAACUCAAUUUGCUAUGAUUAUUAUGUUGUGUUUUUUUGUGUGACCUUUGCUGUUUAUCAUGUUUUUUGGAAUGUCAAAUGCCUUGAGGGGACAGUGUCCCGUUGCAUAAGACAAUAAAUUAAA